AUGAACUCAAAACAACUUCAGUUACAACAACGUCCACAAAAACAAUUUUAAAUACAUCAACAACAAACUCAAAAAUAAAACUUAUUUUAUGAUGAUGGCAAAUCUUUAAAUGUUUAACUAUUUAAAACAUUGAAAUAGCCUAUUCACAAUAUUCCUUCAAUUAAUUAAAUAAUCAAUUUCCAUCCAAAUUAACUCAAAAACCCUUUCUAAAGUCCUCAACAAAAAUAUCAAAUGGCUAAUAGAUAAUUAAAAUAAUCUUAAUAAUCAGCCUCUGCAGUACGAAAAGACAUCAAUUAAAACUAAAAUAAUAAUCAAAUAAUAGAUAAUAUUCGAUAUUAACAUUAUUCUCCAUAAAUUUAAAAUAUGUUACCUUAAAGAAUAAUAUAAUAAUCUCACAACAAUUAAAACAAUUAAAUGAUUUAAUUUUAAAGAAAUACAAAUAUNUGAGAAAAUUAAAUUC